AUGGAUCGCUCCACCAAACCAAGUUUCAGCUUUGUGAACCUCACACAUCCGGACGAUCUAAAGAACGAAGAAACCCAACUUCGCAUCCGACGUUUGGCUAUGACUGAGGUCGGCAAAGCCAGGAGGAAACCCAAAGCGAAGAGGGCACGCAACGAGAUCAUCCUUGAAUUUCGAAAUCCAUUCGAAAGUCGCGUAGACAUUGAUCGGUUUGGUGGCGGUCAGCUUGACCCAUUCAAUCCUUAUCCAAUCGAACUGAAUGACUCCGAUCGAGCGUUGCUAGCGAACGUGUUCAGUACUGAGGACAACAAUCAUCCUAGUCAACUUCGCGGCUCAUGGUACCCCGUUGGACUGAGCGAUGCAGCUGCUUUCUACAACAUGCUGUCAAAUUCCCAGAACUUCUUAUUCCAGAAACGCAAUGGAUACUAUCCCUCCCAAGACGAUGCCAUAGCGCUAAGAUAUCACAACAAAGCGCUUGGUCAUACCGGCCAGAUGAUGAAUGAUCCUAGCAAGCGUCUAAGUGACGAGGUCAUAGGUGCCGUGGUAUCUUUCAUGAUCCACUUUGCUCUGAUGGGAAACUUCACUGGCGAUGAUUGGCAUAAACACAGCAGCGCAUUAGUCAGAAUAGUGGAACUCCGUGGCGGCUACGAUGCCAUCGCGAAAGAGUACUUGCGGAUCACAAUCAGUUGGGCAGAUCUUAUAGGAAACUUCUAUCAAGACCACUCGCCAAUUGUUCCUAUGCCACCACAAUGGAUAGCAGACUCGAAAUCUCCACCCAAUUCUCCACGACCUUGUAGUGCUGUAUCGCUUGCAUGGAAACAAGUACUACCCAUGCAGCUCGACUUUAUCACAAUCUUUGAUGAUGUAGUACAACUGAUCUCCCUUGAUCGAGCUUUCACCGGACAGCAGCUGAUGCUAGCGAUUACGAGCGGUAGUUGGAUGGAGCCAACCAUAUACCGCCUGUUGGCUAUUCGGCCUCUAAAUCACGGGGAUAGCAGAGAGAUUAUCAUCGAAGAAGUGUGUAGACUUGGAACAUUACUCUUUCUGGCACCACUCUGGAGAAAUUUUGGUCAAUCGCCAGUAUGGACAGCCGCCAUAUCUCGCCAUCUCCUACUUGUUCUCACGAAGAACAUGAUCGAAUGGAACGACUUGAAGCCUUUUUUAAUUUGGGUGCUGUACUCUGCUGCCGUUGAGACCAAAGAUCUUGCAGAACGAAGCCAAUUUGUGUUCAUGCUUGGAAUUCUGAUGAGUGGUAUGCAGCUACAUGAGUGGGACGACAUCAUGUUAAUUGUUAAGAGUGUAUUAUGGGUAGAGAAGGUCUUUGCAGGCACAGAUGAGCUGAUUCGCGACGAAGUUAUGCAGAUCGUGAACCAUAAUCCUAUGAACAUCUUGCUGGCUGAAACUACGCCACCGAGUUUCUCGGGAGACUUCGCGACUGAGACAGGUCAGGACUAG